GCGUUACUUUGCUCUGCUUUAGAGUGGACCCGAAUUUUAAACUCUGGGAGUUUGAGGCUUGUAGAGUUGUCAUGUCAGACUCGCGUCAGUCAUGUGACUGCCCGCCACGCCAUCUCCAGUAACAGUUCUCUACUUCUGAACAAAUAACAAUGCAGGCUACGGGGAAAACGGGGGAAAAACAAAGCGUGUAGCUGGUCACUAUGAUUAAGAAAAGCUAUCGGAGUGCUAGCAUUGAUAGUGGCACAAGUGAUGAAGACAUGGUGGAGAUUGCAGGAGCGACUCUGGACUUUUCUAUGACAGAUGACGAUGCACCACUCGAUAGAGACAUUGCAGAGGGGUACACCUCCUACAAUGGGAACAGCAGGAUGAAUGGUGCUCCCAAAAUGAUGUAUUUCCUGGACGAGCCAGUACCAGGGGUGGGCACCUAUGAAGACUUUAACACAAUAGACUGGGUGAGGGAGAAGUCCAGAGACAGAGACCGGCACAGAGAGAUUGCCAGUAGAAGUAAAGAGUCUGCAUGGGCACUACUACAUAGUAUAAGCGAUGCCUUUUCAGGCUGGCUAAUCAUGGUGAAGGUCGGACUCCUGGCAGGUGCCCUGGCUGGUGUCAUUGACAUAUCUGCUCACUGGAUGACAGACCUGAAGGAAGGUUUUUGCUUGACCACGUUCUGGUUUAACAAAGAGCACUGCUGCUGGAGCUCAAAUGAAACCACAUUCAAGGACCCAAACAAGUGCCCCAGCUGGAAAACAUGGUCCGAGAUCAUACUGAACGAGUCAUCGGGGGCAUUUCCAUACAUACUCAACUACUUCAUUUACGUUGUGUGGGCUUUGCUGUUCUCUUUCCUCGCUGUGAUGCUUGUGAAAAGUUUUGCACCAUAUGCAUGUGGCUCUGGAAUUCCAGAGAUUAAAAGCAUAUUGAGUGGUUUCAUCAUUAGGGGCUACUUAGGCAAGUGGACCUUGCUCAUCAAAACCAUGACUCUGGUGUUAGCAGUGUCAUCAGGUCUGAGUCUGGGCAAAGAGGGCCCCUUGAUCCAUGUUGCUUGCUGUUGCGGCAACUUCUUCUGCCAUCUUUUUACAAAGUACAGAAGAAAUGAGGCCAAGAGAAGAGAGGUUUUGUCAGCUGCUGCAGCCGCUGGAGUCUCUGUAGCCUUUGGUGCUCCCAUCGGAGGGGUACUUUUCAGUCUUGAAGAGGUCAGUUAUUAUUUUCCUCUGAAAACUUUGUGGAGGUCUUUUUUUGCGGCCUUAGUAGCAGCAUUUACACUUCGUUCCAUCAACCCUUUUGGAAAUAGUCGCUUGGUGCUUUUCUACGUGGAGUUCCAUACUCCGUGGCAUCUUAUAGAACUCAUUCCAUUUAUUCUGUUGGGAAUAUUUGGUGGAGUGUGGGGGGCCUUCUUUAUUCGUACCAAUAUUGCUUGGUGCAGGAGACGUAAGACUACUAAGUUGGGUAAGUACCCAGUGGUGGAGGUGUUAGUUGUGACUGCCAUAACUGCUAUUUUGGCGUUUCCUAAUGAAUACACUCGGAUAAGCACCAGUGAGCUCAUCUCGGAACUCUUUAAUGACUGUGGAUUAUUAGAUUCCUCCCAGCUCUGUGACUACGUGAAUGUAUUUAACAGUACGAAUGUCGACAUCCUUCCUGACAGGCCAGCCAGCACUGGAGUCUACACAGCGAUGUGGCAGUUGUCACUGGCUCUGAUCUUCAAAAUAAUUAUCACAAUUUUUACAUUUGGCAUGAAGGUGCCCUCUGGUCUCUUCAUUCCUAGCAUGGCAGUAGGUGCCAUUGCUGGCAGGCUUCUUGGAGUUGGCAUGGAGCAGCUGGCUUACUACAAUAGCGACUGGUCCAUAUUUAAGAGCUGGUGCAGCCAUGGGGCAGACUGCAUUACCCCUGGGCUGUAUGCAAUGGUUGGGGCUGCAGCUUGUCUUGGUGGAGUGACACGAAUGACUGUAUCGCUAGUUGUCAUCAUGUUCGAGCUAACUGGAGGACUAGAAUAUAUUGUGCCUUUGAUGGCAGCAGCUAUGACUAGCAAAUGGGUGGCUGAUGCUAUUGGACGGGAAGGUAUUUACGAUGCACACAUUCGUUUGAAUGGGUAUCCCUUCCUGGAAGCAAAAGAAGAAUUUUCUCACAAGACUUUGGCCAUGGAUGUGAUGAGACCACAGAAGAGUGGAGCCCCUCUGACGGUCCUCACACAGGACAGUAUGACAGUUGAAGAUGUGGAGACAAUCAUUAAUGAGACAACAUUCAGUGGCUUCCCAGUUGUAGUGUCUCGGGAGUCUCAAAGACUUCUGGGAUUCUGUCUGCGAAGAGACCUUGUAAUAUCAAUAGAAAAUGCACGCAAGAAACAGGAUGGGAUAGUGAGUACGUCCACCAUAUACUUCACAGAGCACAUCCCACCCCAGCCGUCCAGUGCUCCUGCUGCACUGAAGCUUCGCAGCAUCUUAGAUCUGAGUCCCUUCACAGUGACAGACCACACUCCCAUGGAGAUUGUAGUGGAUAUCUUUCGCAAACUGGGGCUGCGGCAGUGUCUUGUCACACACAAUGGGCGUCUUUUAGGAAUCAUUACCAAAAAGGACGUGUUGAAGCACAUCGCUCAGAUGGCCAACCAGGAUCCUGAUUCCAUCCUCUUUAAUUAAACAUACCUCUUAUCUGAAGGAAAACUACAUUAUUUAAAAAAAAAAUAAAAAAAAAUAAAAAUAUAUUGUGUAUAUUCCUAACAAAAGUGAACAUGGACUAUGAACUGGUCUUCAGCACUUUCUUGUGUGGAAGAUGGACAAUCAUGCUGGGGGGGGAGGGUAUUUUUAUUCUACACAGUUAAUAUUACAGUUGCACUACAUAUUCUGUGGAAUUUUCUCUUCUCUGUGAAGAAGUGAUUUUUUUCCUAACAAGGAGCUGCACGGAUCUUUUGAUGAAGAAAUAAACUUACAAGAUAAUCGAUUAUA